AGGGUGUCAUUCGAGACGCUACCACAUUUUGAAAUGAAAUUUUAGUUAGUUUAAAUACUUUGGGUAUUAGGAUAUCAAAAAUGACAACCGUACUACAAUAUGUCUACGAUUUUGUUGACGAAAAAUCUGAUCCUAGAGUACGAAACUGGACUUUCAUGGAAAAUUUUUGGCCGACGUUAACCAUAAUAGCUUUGUACCUACUCUCCGUUUACGUAUUUUUACCCACGUAUAUGAAAAAUAGGAAACCGUAUAAACUAAAAGCUGUUAUCAGAGUGUAUAAUUUAUUCCAAAUCGUAGCUUGCGUAGUAUUAAUUUAUUUGACAUUAAAUUCGGGAUGGGUGCAAGGACGACUAAGUUUGGGGUGUCAACCUGUCGACUACUCCAACGAUAAAUAUGCAGUACAAUUGUUGAAUGUGUUUCAUUGGACAUACUUCUUGAAAGUCAUCGAAUUAAUCGAGACCGUAUUUUUUGUUUUGAGGAAAAAGUAUAACCAAGUUAGUCCAUUACAUGUCUACCACCACGCAUCGACAAUGACUCUGGCAUGGAUUGCAUGUAAAUUUGUCGGAGGUGGCAUGGCAUCAUUUCCAAUAAUAAUUAACUCAAGCAUUCACGUAAUGAUGUACACAUACUAUUAUCUGGCGUCGUUAGGUACAGAAUGGCAAAAAGCGUUAGUUCCAUGGAAACCUCGAAUGACCGUUGCACAAAUGGUUCAGUUUUGCAUCCUGAUACUGCAUUCCCUGCUAGCUCUUCUUCCAAGUUGUAAUGUUCCAAAAUCAUUCCUACUGCUUUAUUUGCCGAACAUAGUUCUCCUCUUCAAGAUGUUUUAUGACUUUUAUCAUCAAAGUUACACGAAAAAUCACAUACAAAAAAUCAAACAAUGACAUGUACAUUUCAUAGAAUUUGAUGUAAAUAAUUUGUAGAAAAUAAAAGAUUAUUUGUAAAUUGUAAAAAUGUUGUGACAUUUCAAAAUGUGGCUACUAAUAAAGUG